AUGUACGAAAAUCAAAUGUCUUACGACCAGAUCAAUUUAGCUGAUGCUAGUGGACAAUCAACCGAGGCACUAAAAGUCCCUCCAAAUGCUUUCUCAUUAUUCUUUAAAGAGCAGCAUGAUCAAUUAACAAUCGAUAAUCCAAUCUUAUCUGAAAACGAUAUUUGCAGACAAAUAGGUAGAGUAUGGCUUUUGUCAUCUGAUGAAUUCAAACAAAAAUACAGAGCUGAAGCGCGCAAGCUUAGACUUAAGUUUAAAGCAGAUAACCCAACUUAUUCAGAUAAGCUUUUAAAGAAAAAGAAACCACGCCCAGAAUCAGCAAACGAGCCACAUCCUAUUACUGUUAAAGUUAUUAUUAAUCAUGAUCAGGUUUCUACAGAAAUAUUAGGUACAUCAGUACCCGCAGAUAAUUAA